AUAACUCAUACCACCAUCGUUACCACGCUCACUCCAACCAGCAUAGUAAUUUGAAUAUUAAUAAGAAGAGACGAUCGACCAAUAACACUCGAGAUAACAGAUUAUGUGCACUCUUCCUCCAAUCGGAUCCCGUCUUAUGGGACUACAUGACCCGAAGUCCCAAUGAACGAUAUUACGGAGGGCUGGGUUAUGUAAGUGGCUGUGUGUGUGUGUGUGUGUGUGUGUGUGUGUGUGUGUGUUUCUCGAUCCGUCUUCUGUAAAAUUGUGCUUCUAUUUGCAUAAUGGCUGAUAACUUUAAUAGGUAGGAUGAUGUCAUUGAUGAUGUUAGUGAUGUGCUUGUGAGAUGUUGCAAUGAUAAAUUAGCGAUGUACCUGGGGACGUUACUACAGUCGGCAGAACGAGCUCGUGAGGAAAUCACAUCCCUGUUCGCCAGUCACGUGGAUGGGAUCAAGAAAAUCUACAGUAACACGAUAUUCAAGUACCAGGACAUUGGGCCUUACACUGGGUUCACCUUCGCCGUUCAUCGCGUUCAGAUAAACACGUCAGAUGAUUGUGAACAGCAGCAGCAGCGGCACUCUCAACCUUCACCUCCAUCGUCAUCAUCAUCUUCAUCAUCGUCGUCGUCGUCGUCGUUUUCAGCUCAACAGCACCACCACCAUCAACAUCACUCAACGAAUCCAUUUUGUAAGUGGAAUGUGGACGUGAGUUACUUCUUAAAUCUGAACUCCCUGUCCAACCACGACCUCUUCUGCCUGGCCUACGUCUUCACCUACAGGGACUUCUCUCAUGGGACUCUGGGACUGGCCUGGGUGGGAUCCUAUCUGAGGGCCAGCGGUGGCCUAUGUGAGAGGUACAAACACUACAACGAGAACCACAGAAUGGUCUACAAAAGCCUGAACACCGGCAUCGUAACCCUGGUCAACUACGGCUCAAGGGUACCUCUCAAGGUUUCAACUUUGACCUUUGCCCAUGAAGUCGGGCACAAUUUUGGCUCGCCUCACGAUUUUGGCGAGUCUUGCAUUCCAUCGCUGCAUCAACCUAACAACCUGAAUGGCAACUACAUCAUGUUCGCCUCAGCCACCAGUGGCGACAAGCCGAACAACCACGAGUUUUCAACCUGUAGUAUCAACAACAUCACCCUGGUCCUAGAAGCUGUUCUGAACGAGCAGAAUGGCAAGGACAAUUGCUUCAGUCAGAGCGAGGAGGCAUUUUGUGGCAAUGGCAUGGUUGAGGAGGGCGAGGAGUGCGACUGUGGGUUCGCCUUGGACUGCCUCGCGCCUCAAAGAAUGGACCGCUGCUGCUACGAGAGAGAGUCCAGUAAACAUUGUACCAGGAAACCCAAUGCCACUUGCAGCCCGUCAGAGGGACCAUGUUGUCUGGGGGAGAGGUGCAAUUACGUCCAAGCUUCACCCCGUGUCGUCUGUAUGCAUGAGCAGGAAUGCAGUGAAACGUCAUAUUGCAAAUAUCCUUUCCAUUUGUCUUGCCCACAACCCUCUCCCAAGCCCGACUACACCCUUUGCAAUUUCAAGACACAGAUCUGUAAGAAUGGGGAGUGUGCGGGCUCUGUAUGCGAGAUGGUCAACUGGUCUGUAUGUUCGUUGGAGGCACCUGUGGAAGAUAGAACUUUUGACCGGAGGCAGUUGUGUUAUGUUGCUUGUCUGAACCCAGUAACAUCAGCAUGCAUUAGCACCGGCAGUAUGAAAGAUGUUUGGAAGAGACCCAACAAAGAGCUCUACGACCUCCUCCUCAAAAUCAACACCACAGAUGAUGGAAUAUUGUUGCCAGCUGGGGCACCGUGCGACAACUACAGAGGCUACUGCGACGUCUUCCACAAGUGUCGGGCCGUCGACGAGGAGGGCGUGCUGUUUAGAUUGAUGUACCUCGUUUUCAAUGGACAGACGAUGGACAAAAUUAAAACUUGGAUACUUGAGAAGUGGUGGGCCGUGCCAUCAGUCGGACUGACCAUCGUUCUUGUGAUGGGGGUCUUCAUCAAAUGCUGCGCAGUCCACACGCCGAGUAGCAACCCCAGACAGCCGCCUGCCAGGAAGCUGACUCUACCCAGAAGGCACAUUCAACGGCCUCAACCUUUCAACCCUCAACCAUCGAUACCUCUGGGCCCUCCUCCGCCGUAUACCCCCACUCCAGCCGUUCAUCCACCCCGCCUGCAACCCCAACAGGGCAAACGAAGGCAGUCCCCAUCGUCGUCGUCGUCCUCUCAUCGCCAUGGUAACGCUGGCAGGCAACAGCAAAGAUCCAGGAGGAUAUGAAGCUGGAGUUUUGGAAAGAUGCUAUUACUCUAUCAUCAUUAUAUAUUACUAUAUUGUUAUUAUUAUUAUUGUUGUUGUUGUUAUUAUUAUUAUUACUAUUCUAAUAUUUUUUGUUGAUCCUAUGUUUAUGUUGUUCUUGGUUUCACUGCAUGCCAUUCAAAUGUUUUAUUUUUUCCGUUCUGUUGUUGUUUUUCCUUUGCAUAUUGUGCUAUAUACAAACAACUCAAUUGUAAUUAGAAAUACAUCAAGUCAUUUGUAUCAUAAAAUGCUCAGUCAGUCAGUCAGUCAGUCAGUCAGUCAAACAGUAAAAUUUUUAUAUCCGUGCUACGCCAUCAUCAUCAUCUUUUAUUUCCAUGUUACAUACAUCAUCAUACACGCGUCUGCGUGGAUGUUUGACAUCUACACUUUUACUUUUAUAUAUCAAUGUCAAUUUUAUAAAACUGCUAAACUGACGAAAUCAUGUUAUAUUGUUGAAUGUUUUGUAUCACACACACACACACACACACACACACACACACGCUUAAAUACAUACAUAUAUUUCUUAUGCGCAAACAAGCCUAGCUUAUCGAAUGUUUGUUGUGGAAAAACUACACACACACACACACACACACACACAGAACGACAUAGAUAAAAGUUGAACCCGGAAAGGAUUGCUUGUAUCAAUACAGCAGGUUUGAUGAAGACGUACACACACGCACGGUCAUGUAUAUCGCAUACACGUAUUUUUGCGUUUGUGUGUUCCAGUUUAUCUUUAAUCAUGUUUUGAGAUUUACUUUAUAAAGUACUGCAUCUAAUAUAAAUAUACGUAUAUAUGUGUAUCUAUUUGUGCGUAUGCAUGUAUGUAUGUGUGUGUAUGUUUCUGUCUAUUUGUUUUAUUUUUAUACUCCAUUUCAUCGUUUGUUAAUCACGGGUUCAAUUAAUAACUUCUUUUAUUUUUGUGACCCCUGUAAAUUUAUAAACAAACAAACAAACAUAACAAAUGAAUGAACUAUAUGUCUGAACAAAUGAUUCAAUAGAUAGACGAAAUGAAUGGAUGGAUGGAUGGAUGGACAGAUAGAUAAUUGAUGGAUGAAUGAAUGAGUGACGGAAUAACUGAAAGUAUGAAAUGUUUCUAUGUGAACUUAACUUUCAAACAAGAACGAACUCAUUCAAUCAAAAUAAUUUAUAGAAGUUAAAAAAUAAAGAAGCUAAGUUUAUUA